CCGAAAACCCAACGCGAUUCGUGGCCCCGCGAUCCUCCGCUGACCGCAUGCCGCGCCGGCGCGACUCGUCUCAGGAUCUGCCUGGCUGCUGCCUCGAUCGCCCGGCCGUGCAGUCCCGGGCACUACAUUUUCCUGCGCCUUUCCACCCGUAACCCAACGACAAAAGAAACCGGCGCACGCGGCCGCGCACCCCGUCGUCCUCCCCCCUCUCCUCGCGGCCGAGCCGAGCCGAGGCUUCUUCGGCUCCCACGUCCGCGCCCGGCUUUUCCCCAGUCUCCAUCGAAAAAACUCCGGCUUUCUUCCUUUCUCGCCCCGCAUUUCCAACCUAAACCCCUCUUUCUUCCUAGGCUCUCUCGCCGGCAUGGCCUCCUGUUCCGAGCGCCAAUCACCUACCGGCUACCGGGAUGGCUGUCCCUCGCGCGCUUCUCCCGUCGUAUAAGUAGCUUGGAAGCGGCGCCUGAAGCCCCACCAACACCCACUGCUGCUUUGUGGUGGAUGCUUGUGAGGGAUUGUUGGGAAGCUUGUGGAUUCUGACUUCUGUGAGUGUUUGGCAUUGGAAGGGUGGGUGUUUGGGAGGCGGGACUGGGGGUGCGGAUGGGGAUGGACCAUGAGGAGGAGGAGCGGCGGAUGGCGAGCCUUCUGGCGGCGAGGCGGGCGCUGCGGGCCGGUGUGGACAAGUCGCGGGCGCUGAGCCACGCGCUGGCGCGCGAGGGCUCCAGGCUGGAGGAGAUCCAGAUGCGGUUGCCGGUGAUGGAGGCGGCGGUGCGCCCGAUCCGCGCGCCGCGGAAGGCGCUGGCGGCGGCCGGGCCCAACAUAGACCGCGCCGUCGGGCCCGCCGCCGCCGUGCUCAAGGUGUUCGACGCCGUGCACGGGCUCGAGCCGUCUCUCCUGGUGCGCGCCGGCGUGUCGGAGGACCUCCCGGGGUACCUCGCCGUGCUCGCGCAGCUCGAGGAGGCGCUCCACUUCCUCUCUGACAACUGCGGGGUCGCCUCCCAGUGGCUCGCCGACAUCGUGGCUUACCUCGGUGAGCGCAAACUUGCCGAUCCCCGCUUCGUGUCCGAUCUAGCCGAGGCACUUGAGCACCUCAAGAACUCCUCCGCCGACCUGGACGGCGGCCUCCUAACCGCUGCCCUCGACAUGCUUGAGGCUGAGUUCCGUCGACUCCUCGCGGAACACUCCUCCCCGCUUGCUAUGAAAGAGCCCGGCGACUCCAACCCGGCGUCCGUCGCGCCUUCUCGGAUCCCCGUCGCCGUGGUGCACAAGCUCAGCCUAAUCCUUGACCGCCUCGCGGCAAACGGGCGGCUUGACCACUGCUCGACUGCCUAUGCCGACGCGCGUGGGGAUACUGUGAGCGCCAGCCUCCGCGCACUUGGUCUUGAUUACUUGAAGGAUUCGACAGAGGAUGCGCAGGCGCUCAGCCCAAGCGUCGAGCUUUUUGGUCGGCAUUUGGUGUUUGCGGUGCACCACCUACUAGAAGCUGAGCGAAAGCUCUGUGUUGCGGUGUUUGAGCGGCGACCAGAAGCUGCAUCCUUGUGCUUCGCUGAGAUUGCAGCUCGUGCUGGUAUUCUUGAUUUCCUCAAGUUUGGGCGUGCUGUGGCUGAUGCUAGGAAGGACCCCAUCAAGCUAUUGCGGUUGCUUGAUGUGUUUGAUUCUUUGAAUAAGCUGAGGCCGGACUUCAACCGGUUGUUUGGUGGAAAGGCUUGUGUAGAGAUCCAAAGCCGAACUAGGGAGCUUGUCAAGAGGGUGGUGGAUGGUGCUGUUGAGAUAUUUGAGGAGUUACUUGUGCAGGUCGAGCUGCAGCGCGAUAUGCCGCCGCCAGUUGAUGGCGGAGUGCCGCGCCUAGUUAGCUUUGUUGCCAAAUACUGCAACCAGCUCCUUGGGGAGCAGUAUCGGUCUGUGCUGACACAGGUGAUCACCAUUCACCGCAGCUGGCGCAAAGAAGUCUUCGAUGACAAUAUGCUUGUUGAUGCAGUGCUUAAUAUUGUUAAGACCCUUGAGGUUAACUUUGAUACAUGGUCAAAGGCUUACGAGGAUGUGACACUGUCGUAUCUCUUCAUGAUGAACAUACACUGGCACUUCUUCAAGCACCUGAAGGGUACUAAGCUGGGUGAGCUCUUAGGUGAUGCGUGGCUCCGGGAGCAUGAGCAGUACAAGGAUUACUACUCGGCAGUGUUUCUGAGGGAGAGCUGGGGAACACUUGCACCCCUGUUGAGCAGGGAGGGGCUAAUCUUAUUCUCCAAGGGCCGAGCUACAGCAAGAGAUUUAGUGAAGCAGAGGUUCAAAUCGUUCAAUACUAACUUUGAUGAGUUGUAUCAGAAGCAGUCUACAUGGGUGAUAUCAGAUAGGGAUUUGCAGCAGAAGACGUGCCACCUUGUGGUGCAAGCUAUAGUGCCUGUUUACCGGAGUUUCAUGCAAAACUACGGGCCGCUUGUUGAGCAGGACGUCAGUGCGAGCAAGUAUGUGAAGUACAGUGCCGAAGAUCUGGAUAAGAUGCUCAAUACACUCUUCCUGCUCAAGUCAGGCAAGCCAAGGAGAGCAGGAAGCUUCCAAAUCAGACAUUCAAAUGACAAGAUUACCAGUGAAAUGACAGGAUUGUAUCGGAGUGCUUCCACACUGAAGUAGCGUCGGUUGAAGUUUGAAAAUAUUGGAUGUACAAUUUGUGCAAUAACUUGGUAGGCAAGGAUUAUUUACUUCAGGCAGUCACUCAAUAUCCCCUACUUGUGGGGGAGACAAAAUAAUGGCCUGAUGAUUAGAACAGCUGGAGCAUAAUAACAUAAACUUCUCCAGAACUGACAUGGUGGGGGAGAGAAGAUGACAAGUUUUUCCUCAGAGCAUAUCUAUGAGGUCCACCUUCCAUUGCAUUCUUAUCUGGUACAUGUAAAAGAUUGGUUGUAUUAUAGAUGGGGAGCAGAGGAUGUGUAAUCACUUAUCUGGUACAUGCAAAAGAUUGGUUGUAUUAUAGGUGGGUGUUCAGUUGUUUCAUAUGGCAUAAGUUUUAGGGUUUAUGAACAUGCAAUGAAAUUAUAUGGAGUACAUUAUAUGUGGUGGCCAAAAUGACAGUGACUAAUUGAUCACUGACUAUACGAGACAAUAAAUUAUUUAUUCCUUCCAAAUUUA